UUCCCCAUUUGUAAUUUCGUAUGACCGCUUGAGUUUCCCUACACGAAAUUUGCCCUAGAUCCCUCUUGACUUGGCGCAUUGUUUGUUUGGCCAUACUUGAAGCUUUGUUGUGUAUCCAGGCUCAUCUUUCCCAGUUCUUAGGUUUUUUCCAAUCUUCGUUUAGUUGCCGUUUUCUUUAUUAUUUGGAUAUCAGUGUUGGGAUUUCCAUCAGAUCUAAUGGCGGCCAACAAGCCCUCCUCCGCACUGGAGAAAGAACAGAUUUUUGGGAUGGCGGAGAAAGAGAUGGAGUACAGAGUCGAGUUAUUUAACAAGCUUACUCAAACCUGUUUUAGCAAGUGUGUCGAGAACAGGUACAAGGAAUCCGAGUUGAACAUGGGUGAAAACAGUUGCAUUGAUCGUUGUGUUUCGAAAUAUUGGCAGGUGACUAAUCUAGUUGGGCAAUUGCUCGGUAACAAUCAAGGUCCAAUGUGAAGGAACUUUUUUUGCCUCAAAUGAAAACUCAUGGCAGAGCAAAGCUAGGCGUUUGCCAUUUUCGCAUUUUUGGAUAUCAUCAUAUUUUUAUGACUCUGAUUCCAUAAGGGAUGCCAAUUUUUUGGCGCCAAAGGAGAUUAUUUUUAAUUUUCGUUUGUAUGAAAACAAAAGAAUUGUAAGACUAGAGUUGUUGGUAUUUGAGAAACGAUGAUGUCGAAAAGGGCUGCAUGCAUAUUUUGUUUGCCAAAGGGAAAAAAAAAUUGAUUGAGCAGUUUCCUAUGUGAUGAACAAGUCAACUGUUUACAUGCUGGAAUGCGUUCUGGUAUUAUGUGCCCUUAGGUGCACUGUGCCAGGUUGAGGUAGUUUCUCUUCUGGCAAUGGAGACUCAUUGUACGGAAAAGCAUAACAGAUGUUCUGGGCACA